CUAGCUCUCAUGCACUGCGCUGCCAGAUGCUGCUGCUGCAUUAUAUUCAUCAAGAGAUCGUAUACGAGAUGCGCACUUCUAAGACUAAGGAGUAAGGUAUACAAAUACUAUCUCAAUCAGGUUAUCAAACAAUUACAGAGUCAGUCAUGGGUUUGUAUCAAAGGAUUACCGUUAUCAUUUUCUUAAUUGGUUGUUUAGUUGGAUUAUCAGUUGGAUUAAGAGCUGGAUGUAGAGGUGAUGAUUUGUGCUCAACACAAAGGAGUGUGACAGCAUCAAGUAGAUCAGUUGCACCAAUUACUGACAUUGAAUAUGACACUGUUACAGAAGUGGAUACAACAUUCGAAGUCGUAACUCAAGUGAGUAGCGAUUACAUUUCUUUUCUAAAUGUAACUCAAACACUUUCACCUACAAGCAAAGGUGAAACUGUUGCCACAGCACAGAAUGUAACACAGACUGUAGUUUCUGCAUCCAGCAAAGCUAGCCAAGCGGCUGAUGCGGUAACAGCAGUUUAUACAGAAGUUGAGACAGGAACCUCUCCUUUAGAUGGAGAUGGAAAAGAAGAGUUGACCACUCCAUCAGAAUUAACAACAGAUGGGUUACCUGUAUCAACAGUCAGUCCUUCUCCAGCUUCUGAUAAUUUAGUCGAUAAAGGAACGACCGAUAUUGACAUCACAACUGUGAUGAUGGAAGAAAUGACCAGUGAUUCAGAAAGACCAGAACAUAUUAUAGUUUCAACACCAUCAGAAGAUUCAAUCUCUCCAUUAGCAACAACUCCAGGAUUCCUUACCACUGUGGAUCAAAUCAGUUCAGCACCAACAUCGACCCCGAAGAGAGCAACCACAGCAUUACUGCAAACACCACAACUGCCUACAACUCCAGAAGAUCUAACCACCAGCAUCCUCCACACAUCAUUACCAUAUACAACAGAGAAGAUAACAGCAAUUCUGCACACUUCACUACCACCCACAUCUCCAGAUGGUCCAACCACAUCUGCUCCAGAAAGAGGAACCAAAGCAAAUCUGCAAACAUCAAUACCACUCACAACAUCGGAGAGUUCAACAAUGGUACUGCUGCAAACAUCAUUACCUCCUACAACACCAGAGAGUAUAACCACAGCAUUACCACACAAUUUUCAAACAUCAGCUCCUGACAGUUCAACAGCAGCCCCACUCCAGACAACAAUACAACCUCCAACAUCAGAGAGUAUAACCACAGCAUUACCACACACUGUACCACCAACAACUCCUGAAGGUUCUACAGCAGCCCCACUCCAGACAUCGAUUCAACCUGGGAGUACAACAGUACAAACAACUUUACCACCUACAACUCCAGAACAAUCAAGCACAGCCAGUCUAGGUUCAACUGGAAGCCUGUCUACUUCACGUGGUACUCAAACAAUGGAUGCUGACCAUGGAGACUCUCACCUUAAUCAAAUAUCAGUCAGUGAUCUCUCAUCAAAUGAAAUUGAGAAUAUUGUUACACUUCAAUUUACACAAAUCACGGUGGAGUCAUGGUAUGAACACUAUGAUCUGUUAUUCAGAGGAUAUAUGACCAGUAUGCUGGAUUCAGUAAAAUCAAGCAGUGACAUUUUUUAUAUCAGUCCAACUCCUUUAAAUCAGGAUGAUAUCCUUUAUGUCUCAUUUAUAGCACGAUCUUCAUCAGAACGGAAACGUUCAACGAAUCCAGUUGUUCCUCUAGAUGAUAUUCUUGGAGCAUUGGACAAUAUGACUGCAUUAAUAGCUAAUCUUGGGCUUCCAACAUCACAAGUCCCAAACAUCACUACAGAGCUUCCGAGUUUCAUUAAAAUCAACCUACCAAUCUCCACAACACUUCCAGAUGAGGAGGACAAUGAAACAACAGAAGACCCUAUUCUUCCAGAAGAUGAUGUCAAGGAAACAACAGAAGGCCCUACUCGUAAACCUCCUCCAGAAAUUGGUUUUCUGAGUAAUCCUGGUCUGUUCAUCUCAUUGGUAGUAAUAGCUACAGUGAGUAUUAUCAUCAUCAUUGUUGGUCUUAUCUAUCUUCUCUGUGAUAGAAAGAGAGGCAGGAGCGGUGAGUAUAUAACCAAUCAUACACCACGGAACAGUGAUUUGGAACUGGGAUUUGACAAUCCUGUCAUGGCGGAAAAUGAUAAGAAUGUAUCUAAUGGCAAUCACCUUUCAAGCAUAAAGGGAGAAAUGGAAUCAGAUAUGAUUGUACCAUAUGAUAACUUUACCCAAGAAGAAUUGAUGAAUUAUGAGGUGGAAGAUACUCAUUUGUAAAGCAAUCAAUUUCUCCAUGGCAUCAUGCAGUGUGAAAUAUAGAUAUUUGAACAAAAGUGUUUUGUGAUGAUGCCAUUGUAUAUUUCACUUUGAAGCAGUAUGUAUUUCGAAAUGAUAUUUUAAAGCAGUUAUUAUGCGGGACUUUGCUAUGAUAUGUGCAUUUUAAGACAGUGAAUGUUUUAAUAAAAGUGACCCAUGUGUUUGAUUCUUGGUACACCUAUUAAAAUUUGCAUAGUACUAAAGUUCAGUUCUAUAUAAAAUCUUAUAUCCAUAAUUCAAACAGCUGUACUAAAGAAUGUUACAGAUACAAUAUAGAAUUUGUCGGCGGUCAUCUGAACCGCCGUAUCACACAUACGACCGUGCAAACCCAUUUCAGAGAAAAUCGACUUCAAAGUUUACUGUAAUUUUUACACUUUUUUAGUUCCUCAGCCUUACAACAUAUUCAUUGCUAGAAAAUUACAUGGUUGGAAAGACCAAGACAAUUGCUUUACAUUGGUAUCUUUAUUUUUACACAAAACCAAGGAUCAGAGAAAAUAUAGCAAAAGAGCUACAUGCUUGUAAUUUUGGCUUGAGGGGUUUAGAUUUUACCUGUACAAAAACACCAUAGGUGAUACAACAACCCUGACCACGAUUUCAAUGCGCGUGAUCAGUCAAAACGUCAUAUCGCUUUUUUAUGUGCAAGUCAACGCAUUGCUGAUAUGAUGGUUUGGCUGACCGUGCAUUUGCAUAUUAUGUGCACGCAGCUGUUGUUUGCUUUGCUACAGUACACGUUUCCUAUGGGAUUUGCGCAUUUUAUCAACAAUUUGUAUGGCAUCGCUGUGAAAAUCCCCUCACAUCUCAGAAAUUUAAAGAAAUGUAAAACAAAUAGAAUAGAACUUUUGACUAAAAUUGACAGAUACGAUGGUUUGGACGAACGCCGACGAAUUGUAUGGUACAAUAUAAGUAUCCAGAAGCACUUAACCCAAAAUAUAUGAUAAGUUUAUCACUAAGAUUUGGUGUGAUGCAUUAAAAUGUACUAAGAGUAUAAUCAGUCUACGUUCUGCAAUCAAUGGUAAAUACCAAUGAACUAUUCCUUAAGAGUCAUUGAGAAGGUUUAUUGAAGUCAUCAUGGAUGAGGUAAGCUUAUUCACAUGGCUCUCAAUGAUUUUGAAGAGAAUGAAAAAAAAAAGAUGAAAGUGAAAAUGUACACGACAGAAUACAGUUUUUCUUCCAAUGUUUAUUAGUUGAAUAUUUCAUGCAACUUCAUUAUCUCUCAAGCUAAACUUACUAUUGUAAUAAGCUUUGAUGAUGUUGUUUCCUAUGAGAAUUUGGAUCAAGCUGUACACUUGUCGCUUGAUUUGUUCUUCAUUUAUGAAGCAUAAUACAGUUCAACAAUCACAGUACUUAUAGGUAGAGUAGAAAAGAAGUUAUUCACACGCUUUACUGAGAUUUGACUUGGUAUAAAUUUUGAUUUUGGCAAUGGAAGAGUUCAUUCAAAGCUAUGAAAAGGGAUGGAUUGAUGUUAGGGGGACAAAAUGGUUAAGGCUGAGGCUUUAUUGAGUUAUGCAAUCUAACCAGUUGAUUCAGACCCAUAUUUGAAGAAAGGCCAGUAGUGGUGGUAACAGUUAGUGCACUCUAGCUUAAAUGCACUCAUUUUAUAGCAUUUUAUGCAUACACAAUUCUUAUUAUCAGGCACUUAAUGUGCCUGUUUUGUCUUUUUUUGUAAUAUGACAGUACUGUAUAAAAUUAAAGUAUUCCUUGCUUGCUGGAACUUAGGUGAUUUUCUAUAUAUGAUGUACUACAAGUAGCAUUCCUUAUCAGAAGAACCUUCCACUACUUUGUAUAUCCUGUAUAUGUCUCUGUUAAUAGAAUUUACUCAUGUAGUUUAUUGUCUUAAGUGUUUACUCUAAGAUAUGUUAAGUAUUUUCAAACAAUGACAUGGUAUUAUAUUUAGAUAUGAAAAAUCAUUUCUUUUUUUAGAUUUCAUCUGUGUAAAACAUCUACUUGUUGUAUGCGUAGAAUAUCACUGUUUUUAUAAGUUUAUUGUUUUGAGUGUUUUUUUUUUUUUUUGCAAACGAGUGCAAAUUUCCUAGGAUUAGGAUUUGAUUGGGCCUUGGACAAUUUUAUAAGUGGCAGGCCCACUUUUAUUGUAAUUUAAUUUAUUAGAUAGUUAAUUUAAUAUAAAGAUAAGUGUAGGUUUAUCAUGUACAUAGACUGUAGACAUACUUUGGGCUGGAAUGCAUCAAAAUGGCUAUUGUUUGCAAUGCUUUAUGUCAUGGUAUUGUACAAAAUUAUUAGCUUAAGAUCAAGCAAUACAUUUGUUUCCAUCCUGAAUCAUUUGCUUUCAAUAUUUCAAGCUAGGUCAUACCAAGUCCAGUUUUUUCUCCCUUGGCCUUGGUAAUCGUGUUAAAAACAAUUUGAAGUUUGACAGGAGUGACUAAAUAAAGAAGAAUGAAAUAUUUGACUAAUUGAAAUAAUUUUUAGUUUGUAACACACAGUUUUUUUUUACCUGAUGCAAUACAAGGAUGACUGAAUAUAAUUAGAGAGUAGAAGAAUGAUUUCCUCUAAAAUAAACUUGCAUUUGAUACACCUUGCUGCAGCAAAAAAAUCAAAGGGUACAUGUAGCUUUAAAGCUCCAGGUAAGUAAAUUUACUUAGGCAUUUGUUUCAAUUCUACAUCACCAUGAUUACCUUGAAUAUCAUUUGCUUCUGAUUUGAUUAAACAGAUGUGCAUUGUUCAAUCCAGGUGGGUGUUUCAUAAAUCUGUUCGUAAGUUGAGAGCGACUUUAAGAUCGACUGGUGAUCCUUUCUUGUGGUAAAUGGUAUAUUCAUUGGGGAUGGUUAAGCGCGUAAGAAAGGAUUACCAGUCAUUCUUAAAGUCCCUCUUGAACUUAUGAACAGCUUUAUGAAAGGGCCCCCUGGUUAACAAAAUAUUUUUCUCACUAGCUGUUACUCAUUCUUAGGCUUACCAAUUCAUAGGAAGUUCAGGCAAACACCAUGUUUUCAGCUCAAUCUAGUGUAUUGGCUAUUAUACCCAUGUUGAUCAUUGUCUUGUUUACAAGUGUCAUCAAUGAAAUAUCAAAAUGAUUUAGAUGACAAAAUAUUUGCAUUUGUUUAUGAGCUCAUAAUGAGUUAUUUUUUUACAUUUUAGAAUAUGAAACCAAAGUUUUUGUAUUAAAAUGGCAGUAUUUUUGUCGCAUUAUCAAAUUGAUAUGUUGUAAAAAAGUAGAUAAGUUAACUGCCUUGCCAUGUUACCAUAUUGAAUUUAAAGUGACAAUUUGUUUUAGACAGUGCUUUACACUGUCAUCAAGUUUAGAAGAUGUCUUAAAGUGCUUUAUGACACUUGUUUCUUGUUGGCACAGGACUGGUAUGGUCUCCCAAACUUCUCUUUUUUUAAUGUCUAGAGGUUAAAUAUAUUUGAUUUGAAGAACACUUUAUAUUUGUUAAAGUGUUUUUUUUUUAACUUAAAUCACUUAUCCCUUCACUUGCUUUAUAUACAGCAUAACUUUUUGGCUGCUACAUGUAAGUAUUUUUUUAAACAGCAAUCUUACACCUUGCCAAAUUUAGAUAAGAAAUAACUCGAAAAGAACAAAAAAUGUCAGUAUUUUAACUGUAUGAGCCUGAAUAUUAUCCCAUUUUAACCUUAAAAUAAGCAGUCUUGCCUAUAUUUCAAUAAAGGGUAUUGCAAUUAUAGUGUGCAAAAGGUACACAAUUAUAUUUAAUAAAAUAAUAUGCAUCAUUUUCUAGUCUAAGAAAACUCAAGGAAAACCAAACACUAUACUCGAGUAUGUGUAAGAGAGGUUGGUUGUAAAUUGAAUGAGAUGUCCAUUCGGUUAUCCCUAUAUUUUCUUUGUAUAUCAACCUAUUAUAUUUGCCAAAUGUAGGUUUACAUGUAAUUGUGAUUAGUUGAUUUUACAAAUGUAUUCAACUCAGCUAGCCAAACUCUCUUGCCAAUAAGUGUUAUAGAGUAAUGUUACAUGUAGCUAGGUUUUUUUUGUAAUAUAUGCUGUAUUUUUAAAACAUACCUACUACCACUUACUACAGUGUAUUCCCAAUUUCUUUUUUUUUUCUUAUUGGAUGAUUUCCUUUUAAACAUGGCUAAUAAUCUGAAUAUUUCUUCUUCCAAUAUGAUACAUUUAUUUUGGUACAUUACUUACAAAUAUCAUAGAUGUCAGUGUAUUGAAUAGAGUAAGCCAAAUAUUGCCAAACCAUAAGUGCCUCACUUUGUCAGUAUUCAAAACAUUGGCUUGCCGGCUUGAUUCUUGCUACAAUUGCAAAUCAAGCAAUUUCUCUAUUAUUUAAAGAGAGGAAAGUGCUUGUAUUAUUAUGAUAUAUUUGGCACUGUUGUUUAAAAUCCUUCUUUUACCUUGUAGUGUAAUUUACAUAUAUGUUAAGAAGUUUUCCCUGUAAGUUUUUCAAUGUGUUAAUACUAAUUUUGGAAAUGUUCAGUGUUUAUUGCACCAUGAAUGUGUUGCUAAACUGGGAUGGCAGUAUACUUGUACUUGAUGUUUAAAAAAAAUACAUAAACGUCAUUUUAUGUAUAAUUAGGAAAUCCAGAGGCAAAGCAAUAUUGUGACUGUUAAAAGGUUUAAUGUUCUACUGAAUCUAUAGUUUGCAAUGCAUGAAUAUAAAGCUUAUUUGUAUCAUUUAGCUAUGUUUAUGUAUGUAUGUAUUGUUGUGUGAUUUGUUGAAAAAAAGAAUAACCUAAACAAGAGUCGAAUUAUUAAAGGUUGAGGUAGUAAACUUGUCUAUCUAAUCUGUUUAAGAUACAUACAAGUUUCUUGUAUAGAUAUACAUGUAUCUAACUUCCUAGAUUCCAGACUCAAGCAUACUUUAUUUGGCAUACAAUAUACCAUUAUUUUCUCAUAGCUGCUACUGCUCCUGAUAUAGUGUUUUUUUCUCAUAUUUAUUUAUUUUUUUUUUUUUUGGGGGGGGGGGGGUGGUACGGCCCAAAAACCCUAUAAAAUACUAGUAUUCACCAUUCACCUACUUCUUUAAGUUAUUAUGAUAAGUCAAUAGUCACUUCUUCCAUGUUGCUUUAUUAUUUUUUUUACCUCAUCACAGGUUAUAUAUUCAUAUUAAAACAUAUAUGAAAUCAUAAAUGCAUUCAAAUUCCAACAUACUAUC